CGGCUCUCUAACUAUUGCUUAGUAUUUGUUAAUACAAUCAUUGUUUGAAUACAUAGAUAUCGUAACCAUUAGUGAAGGGAUGGGAAUGAGUGUCAAAAACAACACAUCAUAUCAUAUGAAAUGUAAACACAAACCGAUUGACUGACUAUUGACUGACAUAUUGAUUGUUAGCCGAAGUGGACACACAAUGGGAGCCAUUAUGUCGCUGUCGAUAUCGCCGUUAUCACCGAUUCUCCAGUUUAUGGCCCUAUCGUUGGUGUCCAUCAUUCUUACGGUUCUCAUUCCGUUCACAAAAGUGGAGGAAUCGUUUGCCAUUCAAUCGAUUCACGAUUUCAUAUAUUUGAGUGAACCAAACAAUUUGGUCCAACUGUUUGGCCAUUUAUGGCAUUUUCCCGAUUACCACAACUACAGCAACGGUGUCGACCUUUUGCACAAACUUCUUGAUUUGAAUAACCAUUCGUUACGGAAUUGGGAUCACAAAGACUAUCCCGGUGUAGUUCACCGAACAUUUAUAGGUCCGGCGUUUGUGUCCGCACUCACCAAACCGUUUUCGCUGUUGAUUCAAUCGGACGACAAGUUUUUCGUCCAAACGAUGGCCCGAGUGUUGCUUUCGCUGUCAGUGAUGUAUUCGUUUUCGGUGUUCGGUCGGUCCAUUCAAUUGCGUUACGGAGCGACCAGUCGUCGGGCGCUUUCGGUUCUUACGUUAACUCAGUUUCACUUUCUAUUCUAUUCUUCACGAACUCUUCCCAAUACAUUCGCGUUAAUUGCUGUUAUGAUAGCGUACGCCAAAUGGUUGGACAAAAAGUGGAAUCAAUAUAUCUUUAGCGUCGCCUUCACUGUCAUUGUUCUGCGCGUCGAAACCAUCAUUUUGUUUGCUUGGAUUACACUUUACGAACUCAUAAUCACAAGAGAACUGACUUUUGGAAGACUCAUCAAAGUUGGAAUUCCGUCGGGAAUCAUAUCUUUAGUCAUAACUGUUGUCUUUGAUUCGUAUUUAUGGGCCAAACCUUUGUGGCCCGAAGGCGACGCUAUUUUGUUCAAUAUUGUGGAGAACCGAUCGCACGAAUGGGGAACUCAGCCUUUCUUCUGGUACUUCUAUUCAGCGCUUCCACGAGCGAUGCUUCUGACACUUAUUUUUGUGCCAUUUUGUUGCAAACAAAUGCUGAAGACUUUGGCCUCAAUUGUGUUUUUAUAUUUGAUUUCCUAUUCAUUUCUUCCGCAUAAAGAGUUGCGUUUUAUUAUUUACGUCAUUCCUCUUCUGAACGCUUGUGCGGCCAAUACUAUUGCUGUUGUUAUUGAGAAGUUUGAAGAUUCGGUGACAAAGAAGAACGAGUCUUAUCUUAUCGGUCGGAUUUGGAACUACUUUUGGCCGAAUGACGUCAACUCUUCCAAUGGAAAUCUGGUUAAAGAUGAGAACAAAUACGACGCCAUUCCCACAAAUAAUCGCAGUCUUCGGCGACGCGGCAAACAUUCGGUUGAAGAAGAUUUGGACCAACAAUACGAAAAGAUUACUCAACAACAACUGCUUCAAAGCAGUGACAAGUGUUCGGCGCCCAAUGGAUGGGCAAUGACUUUGGCGUUUGUAGUCAUGGCUAUUCAUGUCUGGUGUAAUGUGGCCGCAACUGUCUUCAUGUCAUUGGCCGCGUGGCACAACUAUCCGGGCGGAGAAGCCGUCUCGUGGCUCAACCGACAUAUCACGACAAUCGACAAUUAUCACGAACGCUCAACAGUUGGCGUCUAUGUCUGCAAUUUGGCCGCUCAGACGGGAUUCACACGAUUUCUCGAAUUGGACGGCAUUUUCUAUGACAAACAACCGAAACUGGUCGAUGAAACCUUUGUUCGAUUUGCAGUCACUUAUUUGGUACUCGAGAAGAGCGACGUUCAAUCAUUGCAGUCGCGCUGUUCGGGAACCGGUUCGGAUGUCAGUUGUCAUAUCGGGAAACACAUUCGCAACUGUCGGAUAAUGAAAUCCAUUACCGGCUUUAAUGGUCUCGACUUUUCUCUAUCCAAACAAGUUGUGAUUAAAACAGCGCCAAUGCUUUGGAUAUUUCGCUGUCAAAAGUGACACUCAAACUGACAUUCAUUGUUCUCAAUGAAUCCAUUUUUUUUGGCAAACAUUGAUUGAUUAUAAUAUGUUACGAAUCAGUACUGAAAUGAAUUAUUUUUUGAAAAACUAAAAUUGAAGCGUUUAUUUGAUCUCAAACCAGUCAUAAUUGUUUUGUGAUAUAUUUGCAGUUUUUCUCCUAAUUUAUUGACAAAAAAUAAGAGUUUAGUCUAAUUGU